CUGCGAUCGAUUAUCGGUCGACGCUUAGUAGAGCCUACUCAGCCUGGCUCAAGGGCCCUUUCCAGAACCUUCACACUAACCGUCCCUCGGUGGUGGAAUGAACUUCCAACCUCAAUCCGGACCGCAGAAUCUGUCACCAUCUUCAAAAAACAGCUAUAGACCCACCUCUUCCGUGAGCACGUAACUAACCCUUAAAAUACCAACCCCAUAUUAUCCUUUAAAAAAAAAAAAAAAAAAACUCUGGCUCUUACACCUCGACUUUGCUUCUUAGAACUCAGUUAUAAAUCUUGUACAGUAGCGCUACUUGUAUCGUUCUCCGCUUGAUAUAGCGCUUUGCUUGUAUUUCCUCAUUUGUAAGUCACUUCGGAUAAAAGCAUCGGUUAAAUGAAUAAAUAAUCGUAAAUGUAAAUGUUGCAGUAGACAUAAGAUUCCUCUAUGGACGUACAGUAGAGCGACAUGAAUGCACUUUCUGAGUUCAGCUAUUCACAGCUAUUUCACCCCUGACUGUAUGAACAUCAUCUGACACACAGGUUUUAUAAAGCGAAUCACUAUAACUCAAUAUACAGACGUGACCUCGAUCGUUUUUGCCGACCUCGAUAUCGUCCAUCGUGUUUACAUGCGUGUUUGUUUACAUAAGAAUGAAUAAAACGAUUUUUUUGACGUUCCAAUUCCAAAGUCUGAGUAGUUCAAUUCAAUUUUAUUUGUGUAGCGCUUUUAACAAUGGACCUUGUCUCAAAGCAGCUUUACAGAAAUACAUAAACACAGGAUACAGAUUUCAAGUGUGUGAAUUUAUCCCUAAUGAGUGAGCCGGUGGCAAGAAAAAAACUCCCUAAGAUGAUAUGAGGAAGAAACCUUGAGAGGAACCAGACUCAGAAGGGAACCCGUCCUCAUCUGGGUAACAACGGUCCUAAGCCCAUCGCAGCAACCGUAGUCCCAGCAACCACAGCGAGAAUGUCCAGGUGGAAUUGACGUCCAAAACCAUUUCCAAGAUACUUCAAGUGGCACCAUCCUCAGCAAUCUCCAGGCUGUAGCCUCCAGUUGAUGAGAGCGCCAUCCGGAGGAAGAGCAUCAGGACAGAUCAGGCAGGUCCAGAGAGCAGAAAGGGUCAGGAUCAUUGCCAUCUCCAUAAAAUCAUGUGUGGCUCAACAGAAGGAGAGAGGGAGAAGGAGUUAAAGAGAGGGAGAGAUUAUUAGGGUCUCGGGGGAGCCUGGAGACUAUCCCAGGAAAGAAAAGGCGGGGGACGCCCUGGACGGGGUGCCAACCCAUCGGAGGUAACAAUCGCACACACAUUCACACACUACGGACAAUUUGGAAAUGGCAAUCAGUCUACAACGCAUGUCUUUGGACUGGGCGAGGAAAACAGAGUACCCGGAGGAAACCGCCGAAGCACGGGGAGUACAUGCAAACUCCACGCACACAGGGCGGCGGCUGGAAUCAAACCCCAAAUGUGCUAACCGCUAGCAUAAAGUUAUAGCCUUCACUCUGACUGGUACAAAGCACUGACACUGGAGACUCCUUCCAAAUACCUCACCAUAUCAAAAAUUACACAUCGUUUUUUUUUUUCUUUUUUAAAGUCCUAAAAUCGAUGUGGGGUGUGCAGAGGAGUAUCAGAAUAAGUGCACUAAAAUAUGCUUGUGAUUUGCUUUGCUUAAAAAACAUGGACAUUCAAAUAGCAAAUAAUAUAUAUUUUUUGAAUUCCUGUCCUACGUCCAAAGACACCGUGUCCACAGGCAAACUUUCAAGAAGAAUAUUUCCCUUUAUCCUACACUGGACCUUCCCCCUAGGGCAUGUAUACGCUUUGUGAAGAUCCUUUCUUUGAAAAGGGAUGCUUUUAUGUGUUCGAGAUGAAAUAUUUUCCUUUCCUUCUUUCCGCAGGCAGAGGAAUGGAGCGGCAGGGUGACUCUCCACAUGACCAUGCUUUCGUGGAGCUGCCGGUGCCGAGCAUGCUGAGUGUAUCGGGUGAGGCGGACCUCCAGGUCCUGAUCCGUGAAACAGAGGAGAAGCUGAAACUCAACGCCUGCAGUAUUGAGCAGAACCUGUGCGAACUGCAGACUAAGAUUGGAAAGUCCUGGGCUGAUGAGAAGGUCCCCAGUCCUACCGAAUGCCUAAAGUGGUUCAGUCAGAGUAAUCUGAGUUUGCUGAAACCUGUCUCUACUGGUCACCAGGAGCUUCUGGGCUUCCUCAAAGCACUGCAACACCUUCUGAAGACGGAGGAGGCUUACACAGACGCAGUUCUCCAGCUGCUGCUGAACAUCUCCUCUCAGUGCGGGGUGGCCUUCCCCACGUCUGACUCAUUAUGUGAACAGAGCCAGACUUCCAUGGCUCCCUUUUGCUCUGUACGUGAUGACAUCGCUCUGGAGGUCCAAGAAACCUGGGAUGACAUCCGGCUCUUGUUGCGGCGCCACCUGCUGGACAAGUUAUCCAUGGAUAGCUCUGGAGUCCCUCAAAGGGCUGUCUUUCUUGUGCAGCAGCUCUGCUUCCUGUACACUGAAACAGAGGUUCUGGAGAAGUACCAGGCGCUCCGGAGCAAAAUGGUUCUGGGGCUUCUAAGGAAAAACCAGACAUGCUGUCCAGAUGGAGAAAGCGGCUUUCAGAAGUUGGGUGUUGCCUUCCAGGCUGUCUGUCCUGCCUUCUGUGCCAUGCUGGCCGAGGACAUUCACGUCCUGAAUGGCAUAGUUGAGCCACAUUGCAUUCUGAGCUUUGUGAACCAGGCCUACCUGUGGACACUGGCACAGGAACUGGGCUUGCUUAUGGAGAAGGAGAUAGAGGUGAUGUUGAAAGAGAACAGUACACAAGGAGGGAAGGGGAUGAGGAGCUCAAGCAAGAAGGCAGCAGUAGCUCCUCAAGACUCUCCCCAAACAAACAAGAAUUUCUCCCUGACCUCCGAGCAGCUGAGAGGCCUGGUCCUGCUGGCCACCACAAUGCUGCAGCUGGAGCGCCGAGUGGAGGAUCUGGCAGCUGAGUUGGGUUUCCUCAACUGUGCUGGAGAGUCAUGUGGUGUUAGAGGGAACCUAAAGAAAGUCAGGGACGAUGUGGAGAUGGUUGGAAAAGUCACACCAGACCUGCUGCUACAGAGUACAGAGGUGGUGUGUCUGGAGUUUGAGUGGAGGGCUGCAUUUCGUGUACUGGUUCCUCAGAUGGCUCACGGUGUGAAGAUGUUUCUGGAAGAUGUAUGCAGUAAGAGUCUGCAGCAGGAGGAGAGGACACAUAGCUCCACCUCAUCUCUCAGCCCUCUAGCCUGUGUUUCUCUCAGACAGGAAGCUGAACUCUGUCCAGAGAGAGACAUGCCCAAGAUGAUCCCUAAGUUCUGUGCGGACGUGAUGGAGGAGUUGGAUGCUCUCCUCUCUUUGGCUGUGGUGUGUAAAGAUGAUGUUCUGCUCCCGGUGUGCUCCUGCUACGUUGAGGCGUGUGGCCGGGUGAGCUCGGCUCUCCUGACCAGGCUGGAAGAGAGGGCAAGGGAGGUUCCUCACUCCUCACCCCUCAAGAACCUUCCCACCAUACUGGCCUCCAGCACCUACAUCCACCACAGAUUGGCUUACUACGAGAGCCAGCUAGGGGAUACCAAUCGCAUGCCUCGGACUCUGCUGCCCAUCCAGAGGAGUCAGGAAGUGACGGAGACCGUUCACGAGCAUCUGACCAGCUACUGCGUCCAUGUGUGCGCCACCAGUAUACUGCAGGACGCCGAGAGUCACUACUGGGCAGACGACAAGUCGUUUUAUGAGGGUGAAAGGUGUUCCUUCUCUAUCCAGAUGUGGCACUAUUUCCUCUCAGCUUUGCGCAGUGACCUGUGGAGCACCGUUUCCCCGCUGUUGGCCAAGCAGACCCUGGCACAGGUGCUGGCACAGACUCUAGAGCUCCUGCUUCAGCGAUACUCCAGAGCUCAGCCCUCCUACAAAAGACACCCUCAGAUCAGAUUGGACAUCACCGCCAUCCUGCUGUGUGUGGAGCAUCUGAUGUGGUCUGUGUAUAACAGCACGGAGGAACUUGUCAGACCGGAGCUGCCUUCAGAAACCUCUAGAACCUGGGUGUCCGUCAUCCACAGCCUGUGUAAUCAGCUCCUGAAUGUCCUCGUCAUCCUCACUGCCCCUCUAGAAGAGCUCUACAGAGCUUUUCGGAAUGGUUUUAGUGAAGAAUCAUCCGGCACUCCGGCAGACGCACACACUAACCAUACUGCCUUUUGGCUAAAUAUCUUCAACCCUACACUCUUCCCGCUGGAUCUGCUAAGGGGCGAGGUGGAAAGUGAAAGCUCGGCUCUGUGGCUGCUGAACAUAGUGAGCUCAGGACCUGGCUUCUCUCCGGCACUGCUCCUGCAGGCUAUACUGCACCGUGACUGCCUCCUACUGCGCCUGCUGAUCUCCCAUUCCUAUUCAGCCAAAGUAGAGCCUGUGCUGUUUAAGUGUCUCAGAGACGUCAUCUGCAAACCCAUCAGCAGCUUGUUACGACACUUAGUGAGCAUGAUGCAGGCGUGUGAGGAACGUCCUGGCCCACUGCUCAGACAAAACCUUCCUGAAAGUGUACAGGCCAAGAUCCCUAAAGAGUGGAACUAUACGCCUGAGGAGGCCACGACGAAAGACAGCAGCAAGAUCGGCAUUACUUUGACCAUUCAGGCUCUCUCCUUCAUCUUCACCCACCUCCCGUCCUGUGUGGCCUCCGUCCCCCUGCCUGCCCGCUUCCUCUUUCACAUGGCUGAGAAGUACAAGUGCCAGAGCACCAGACAGCUGAGGCCCACGGGUCUGCUUAUCCGAGCGCUGAUCAGUUUCCUGUGCCAGGGCCUGGAGAACGGCGAGACCCUGGAGCUGGUGUCUACUGAGCCCUUGGAGCGAGGGGUCAAAGAGCGUUUGGCACUGCUGUCUGAGUGCCUGCAGGUGAUCCUGGGUCUGGAGAAGGGCAAGCCCAAAGCCAGCGUGCAUAAGAUCCUGCAGGGUCUGGAGGAGAAAAGGCCUAAAUGGAGCUCCAUGCAGCUGCAGAAGGCACACAAGCUCUGCAGUGAGAGCAUAUUCGAGCGUGUGGAGAGUGGCCUGGUGCAGGAUAGAGGUGGACCCAGUGAACCGGCCGAGCAGAAAAUGUGUGCUGUGCUGCUGGAGCUGUGCCAGGCAGCAGGUGGUAUUCAGAACCUGCGGCAGAUCCAUCACACCAUCCAGCUCAAUGAGGGCUUGUUAAGGUCCAAGCUAGCUUCUGCUGUAGACAGUACAUCAUCUCCCGAGGGACAACCGUCUGUCCUGUUCUCCUCAGCAGCCGAUGCACUAAACAGUCCGCCCUACUUCGACCCGCUCUUUCACUUCGACCGCAUCGGCCACGCUAAAUUUGAUCAGUCAGCUAUGAGCAAGAGAGAGUGGGACUGGGCCCAAGUGCUGUCGGCCUAUCAGAGAGUGAGUCAGGUGACCUUCACAGAUCUGCUGGCUAACAGGUGGGAGAUGCAGGACGGUGCUCAACUUGAACAUGAAGAGAAGAUUUUAGUGGAUCACUUAAAGAAAACGUAUUUAAACCGAGCUCCGGAAACGUGUUCAGAGGUCUCUGAAUGACCCGGAUUAAGGCGCUAUAUUUCACUUUGCAUGUUAAACUAUUUUAUUAUGAGGUAUUAUCUCGCUGUACAGUGAGUUAUAGUUUUAGUUGUUUAGUAAGGUUUCCUGUUUUAGGAUCGAUAUGAAUCAGGCGUCACUGUAAAUAAAAGAAGUGGUUUAAGGAGCUGCUGUUCAACUCAAUCACAUGUUCUGACCACACACACCAAACUGUCAGUAUACUGGUCAUAUUAUGUUUAUCAUUUCCUCUUUGUAGUCAUUUUUGGUACAUUUCCCUGUAAGCAUACGUGCAUUUAUAAUAAUAAAAGUUAGAACGAAUAUUGUGAUGCUUUCGUGAUUUAUUCAUUCAUUAAAAAUGUGUUAAUGUACACAUAUAUAAAUACAACUUUAGUUUAUUAGGCAAGGCGGUCCCUAGUUCGAUCCUGAGCUCGGGUUACUCCCUGUAUGCCGUUCUCACCGCGUUUGUGUGUCUUUCCUCCAGGUUCUCCGGGUUCUUCACGCCUCCCAAAAACUUGCAGUAGAUGGACUGGCUAUGCUAAAUUACUCCUAGGUGUGAAUGACUGUGUGAAUGUUUGUGCAUGGACGACUUGUUUUCCCCCCCACAUCAGAUUCAAAGCACUGAUGCCUGCCUACAAAGGCAAAAAGGAACAGCACCCACCUAUUUGAGCACACCCUCCUGCACUGCACCACACUUCCUGUGAUUCUCUAACACUGCUCGACUGGUCCCACCAUCUCUUAGGGUACUCGAAAGGCAUGCGUCAGAACUCUUCUCUGUUCUGGCACCUAGGCGAUGGAAUGAACUUCCCCUAGAUGUCCGAGCAGCUGAGUCACUGACAUUUCUUACUAUAUUACAUCCUCAGCAUAGUUGUUUUUUUUUUUUUUUUUGACCUAGUGAAUCAUAUCAGGAUGUAUUUAUUAAUAGAGUCUUCAAAGAACUUCUGUAAGUCGCUCUGGAUAAGGGUGUCUUCUAAAUGCCGUAAAUGUAAAUGCAUGGUGCCCUGUGAUGGGCUGGUGUCUUGUCUGUACUCAUGGUGGAGUAGUUAAGGCGAUGGACUAGAAAUCCACCGGGGUCUACCUGCACAGGUUCAAAUUGUGCUCACAACAAGCUGGGGCAGUGGCUACUGAUCAGAGGGUUGCGGGUUCAAACCGCAGCACCACCAAACUGACAACAGAUCGUUGGGCCCUUGAGUAAGGCCCUGAAUCUGCUCAAGGUGUGCUAAAUUAUAGCACACCCUGUGCGAACUUCCUAACAAGCUGGGAUACGUGAAGAUCUGUGUAUUCCCACCUCAUGCCUAGUGUUCCUGGGAUAGGCUCCAGAUCCGCCAUGACCCUCACCAGAAUAAAUCGCUUAAUGAAGUAAUGUAUUUACAUUCAUUGAUUUAGAGAACUGAUUAUAAAAUUUCAACUUUUAAAAACUUAAUUUGUUUCAAGCUUCAGCUUUAUU